UUUUCCUCAAGGGUGCAACUCCAAACCCAUAGCUACUGAGACUAUAUUGCACCACCACCUUCUCUCAAUGACUUCCAUUCCAUAAACUGACUUAUUUUUCUUUAGUUGUUGCUUACAGGAAAGAAAAAUGGGGGAUAUCAGAUUGUUACCAAUCUUUAUGCUGUUAAUCAUGACGAUUUGUGGCGGAGCAGCCACCCCAGCGCCACCUCCGGUGACUGAUGCAACCCUUCAGCAAGUCGCUGCUUCUCUGAAAAUGUAUGUUGAUGAGCUCCCACGAAUUCCUAAGCUUUAUGGUUAUUCAAUGCAGAAUGGCUUAUCAGCUCCUGGAUAUCUCACCAUAGGCAUGUUCCAGAAGAAAUGGAAAUUCCACCGUGAUUUACCUCAAACCAGAGUCUUCGCAUAUGGUACAUCGACAGAGGAGGCCACCAUACCUGGACCAGUAAUCGAGGCCAUGAAAAAUGUAUCAACAUCAGUGACAUGGGAGAAUCACCUUCCUCAAAACCACAUCUUCUCAUGGGACCCAACCAUCACCACUGCUAUCCCUAAGCAUGGUGGAGUUCCAACAGUUGUCCAUCUCCAUGGUGGCAUCCACCCACCACAAGAUGAUGGCAACCCACUUGCCUGGUUCACCUCCAAUUUCAAAGACACCGGAUCUUCCUGGACCCAAGCAACCUACACAUACCCAAACGUCCAAGCCGCUGGUGACCUAUGGUACCAUGAUCAUGCACUUGGGUUAACACGUGUCAACCUUUUAGCAGGUCUGAUUGGCCCUUAUGUCAUCCGUGAUCCAAAAGUAGAAAACCCUUUGAACCUCCCAUCUGGUUCAGAGUUUGAUCAGCAUCUAAUGAUCAUUGACAGAAGCUUCUUCAAGAAUGGUUCCAUUUACAUUAACUCAACUGGUGAUAACCCUUCCAUUCACCCACAGUGGCAACCAGAAUACUUUGGUGAUGCCAUUAUAGUUAAUGGUAAAGCUUGGCCAUAUCUUAAGGUCCAAAGAAGGAAGUAUCGUUUUAGGAUCAUAAAUGCCUCCAAUGCACGAUAUUUUAACUUCUCAUUAUCCAAUGGUCUCCCAUUCAACCAAAUAGGAUCUGAUGCUUCCUACCUCAACUCCCCAGUCCAGACUCAGUGUAUACUCUUAGCCCCAGCUGAGAUAGCCGAUGUAGUGAUAGACUUCUCAUCUUCUAAAACCAAUCAGACUAUCUUAACCAAUAGUGCACCUUACCCAUACCCAUCAGGAAGCCCAGCAAACCAGUUGAAUGGAAAUGUCAUGAAGUUUGUCAUUGCCUCCGGUAAUCCAACCUCUCCCGAUAACUCUAAGAUUCCGGCGAGGCUCGUGAAUUAUACGGCGGCGACGACAGAAGGUGCGGUGGAGACGAGGUAUAUUGUGUUGUAUGAGUAUGAUAGUGCUACUGGGAACCCAACCCAUCUCUAUAUCAAUGGGAAGAGCUUCUCUGAUCCGGUGACAGAGACCCCAAAAGUUGGUACAACGGAGGUGUGGGAGGUGAUCAACCUUACUCCAGAUAAUCACCCAUUGCAUAUACACUUGGCCACCUUUCAGGCAAUCAAGGUUCAAGAGAUUGUAAAUCUCACUACGUUCACCGACUGCAUGACAGCAAAGAAUGAUGCAAUUGCAUGCAAUGUGACAGAUUAUGCAACUGGGCAAGUUCUAACCAUACCAGAUUAUGAGAAGACAUGGAAGAAUGUAGUCAAGAUAGUGCCUGGAUAUCAAACUACUGUGGUAGUCAAAUUUAAUUUGGUGGGGACGAGUACAACAUAUCCAUUCAAUGCGACUGCUGCACCUGGUUAUGUCUACCAUUGUCAUAUUUUGGACCAUGAAGAUAAUGAGAUGAUACGACCAUUGAAGAUGACUCUUUGAAAAGAAGAAAGGAAGCCAAACUUAAGUUACUAAUAAGCUAUAGAACCUUCUCUUCCUCUAAACUCAUGUAGUCUGUAGUUCUCUAAAAUUUUGGAUUCAUUGUUAUGGUAGAAAUCUUCAAAUAUUGUAAUACAGUCAACAAAACUACAUCAAAUAAUGUUUUCAUAGAUGUUUCUGUUAUAUUAUUGAUAAAUAAAGGAUAUAAUUUUAGAU